GCAAGUAAUUCGAAACAGAUGCUGGCGCCAAUGUUGUUUUUGUUUGGGUGUAGUUCUGGCAAUGUCUAGUGCUUACACUUCUUAUUUUAUUGCUGUCUUAAUCAAGUUUGCACUCAACAUACAAAACACUUAACAUACAGUUUUGUAUAUAUCUAUGUUUUCCUGCUAAAUUCGAAAAUGAACAAAAGACGUAUGAACAAAGCUUUUUCAAAAACAUUUGGUGGUGAAUUUGGCCAGCAGCAAGCUGGUGGAAACGACAUUCCUUAUGCUCUGCUGAAAGGGGCUCGUCACAAUGGACAAUUAAAUUUAUCAAAUCGAUCUUUAACGUCAGUACCAGAAAAAGUUUGGAAAAUAAAUACUGAAAUUCCAGAGGAAGCUAAAGUUGCUUCUCUAGGGGAUUCUGAUGAGAGAUGGUGGGAUCAAGUUGAUUUACGGAAGCUUAUUUUAGCGUCAAAUCAGCUUACAGAAAUACCAGAUGACGUGAAACUAUUGCCAGCACUUACAGUGCUUGACGCUCAUGAUAAUCUCAUCAAAACCUUAUCAGAAGAGCUCGGAAAUCUUACAGAAUUAGUAAAAUUGCAUUUAAGUCACAAUAAGAUUUCCCAAUUUCCUUCAACUUUUUGUAAUAUUGCAAGUUUAAAGGCCUUAUUAUUAACUUCUAAUGAGAUUUCACAGUUACCAGAGGACAUAGGAUAUUUAUGCAACAUAGAAGAGCUUGAUUUAAUGCAAAACCAAUUAACUAUGCUGCCAGAGAGUUUUGGUAACUUAAAACUCCUAAAAAAGUUAAAUCUAUCAAAAAAUCAAAUUGAAAGUUUGCCGAUUGGUUUUGAAAAUUUGACAUGCCUUAUUGAUUUGGAUCUAAGUUCAAACAAGUUGAGUGAGCUUCCCACUGGAUUUGGAAAACUCACUUCUUUACAAAUAUUGGAGUGCCGAUACAAUCAAAUUAAUAAAUUUACAAUCUUUUCUGAAGUUGCCAAUAUCAAACAAUUGUUUCUUGGUUACAAUCGCAUUAAAGAAAUUCAGCCAGCUGUUUUGGAGAAACUUCCUUAUUUAGUUUCUUUAGAUUUACGUGACAAUAAUAUUUCAUCUAUCCCAGAAAAUUUACCAACAUUAAAGCUUCUCGAACGCAUCGAUCUUACCAAUAACAAUUUAUCUGGUUUACCAUACGUUAUUGGUAACAUGCCGUUAAAAUCAUUGGCUUUGGAUGGAAAUCCUUUACGUGGUAUCAGAAGAGAUAUUGUUGCAAGGGGUACACAAGCUAUUCUUUCAUAUUUAAAAAGUAGGAUGCCAACUCCUGAAACAGAAGAGGCUCCUAUCAAAAAGUCGGAAAAUAAUAAUACAAUAAGUGAAAGAGAGGUUCUGUCAGAACAGCAGUCAGUGAAUGAUAGUAAUAAGCCAGCUGUUAAGGAACCUAGUAAAGAAGUUGUAGACCAAUAUCUUAUUGCAACAACAAAGGUUUUGAACCAUUCUUCUGGAACUGCAGUGAUUCCCAAUUCUGUUUGGCUGCCUGGUGCACAGGUUACACACAUUAACAUCUCGAAAAACACAGUGACUGAAUUUCCUGCACAAAUAUUUAAUUAUGCUGAAACUUUGCAUGAACUGGAUGCGUCACAAAAUAAAAUAUCUACCAUUCCUGCGGAAAUUGGAAUGUUGACUAAGCUGACUUUCAUAGAGCUAAGCAAAAACAUGUUGUCAGUUUUGCCAACCGAGAUGACACAACUGCUUCAUCUAUUGCAAAUCAAUCUCACAUUUAAUCGCUUUGCUGCAAUACCAGCCAUACUUUGUAAGCUCCCAAAACUGCAGACAAUAAUAAUAGCAAACAACCAAAUUAGUGAAAUAAAUGUUGACGAUUUAUUGCAGCUGAAAACUUUGCAUACGUUGGAUCUUUCGAACAACAAUAUUGCGCGGAUACCGCCACAGCUGGGGAAUGUGUCAUGGUUAAAAUCAUUGACUCUUGAUGGGAAUUCAUUUCGAAAUCCCCGUCCGCAGAUAAUGACGAAGGGUACACAGUUUAUAUUAAGUUAUUUAAGAGAUCGAAUACCAAGAUAGACGUAGAACAAAUGAGAGGAACUGAACUUUUUAUAAUAUAGUAUAUAUAUAUACUAAGAUAUUUUUUUAUAAUAUUUUUUAAGCAUCGGCUUAACUGAGUUGAGCUGCAAUAUUAUAUGUAAUCUCUUGGGUUUUUAGUUAGAUUUCUAAAAGAAAAUUUUAUUGACUUUAAGAAGAAUGCCUGUUCUAAAUGUUCGUUAGAUAUAUGCUUGAGAAAUAGGUUAUGCAUCAGGUUAGUAAAAACCAAGCAGUGGGUCUUAAAAUCUUUAAGCAAUUGACCCCUGUGUGGCUGUUGGAAAACCUGCCUUAGUGACACCGGUUUCUUAAAAUGUGCAUGUCAAAUUGUUCGAGAAUUUUACUUUAUAUAAGUAUAUAAAAAAACUGACAUAAAAUUAUGCAAUAUAAUUUGAAAUUAUGAAGCUCUAUAUUAAAGUAUUAUAUAUAUGAAAUUUCUAAUUUGUAGUUCUUUAAAUAUGAAGAAAAUUAUCCCUAUUAAUA